CCUGUGAUGAUUUUACGAAACAGAGGCCAUGAGUGUUCUACCCAUACAUACACUAAAAGCGAAGCAUACCGGUGACAUGGCCGCAGGUAUAAGACUCUGCGGGCAGGAACGGUUGCCUUGAGUACCCUAGUUCUAACCCUCACACGCGGAUCUUCAACACGUCCCAUCCCUCUGCACUCAAGAUGCCCGCAUUCCCCGCUCGUCUAGAAAUACCCCUCCAGUUCUGUAUCAUCCUCGCGUCCUCUAAAAUACCCCGUAUCAAACCACCAUGGAAGCUUUCCGAGAAUUCCUAGGCUGCUGUCUUCCCACGGAUCCCCCUGCUCCACCUCCACCUCCCGUCGUACCUCUCCAAACACUCACCCCUCAAAACCCUCAGCCACCCACAGCAGGGCCUGGAAAGCGACGAGUCAGGCCAAACGCGCCGAUGAAGCUGAACCGUUACGGCGCGAAGAAUCCGUGGGCGUCUCCACAGAGGGUGGAAAAGGAUGGAGAGGAAGAGGGGGAAGCGCAGAGGAGGGAGAGGAAGAUCGAAGAGGAUAGGUGGGAGAGGAUCCAGCAGUCGAAGAGGGAGGAGAGGGACAGGAUGCAAAGCAAUAGCCAGCCCCAGCACCAGCACCAGCCCCCGGUAGAGCCGAGAUUGCAUGAGCCCACUGUUCCGGACGAUGUGUACAAGCCGCAAGUUCCAAGCGGUACCAGUGUGAGGCAAGCAUCCUCGGUCACGAGCGGUAGCAGCGGAAAAUCCCAGCGAAAGGGGAGAGGGGACAGGAAGGGCAAAGGAAAGGCGAGAGUGCGCUCGCCGUUAGCCGACGCUAAGGAGAAGGCCUCAGCCGACGCCAAGGAGAAGGAGGAGAAGCGACUGAAAAACAAACAACGUCACGAGCGUCGGAAGAGACAGCUUAUUGAUGGACGGGACGAGCAAGAGGCGAAGCCGCCGGCACAUGCGCUGACACCAAUCACCCCGGAGUUCAUGGAGAUCCCGCUCGCCCCGAUCAAGCCUUCCGCUCUCUCUCCCGGCCCCAUACCAAGCCAGAUCCCGCAUGCAAUCUCUCCCGGCUUCAGACCAAGCAUGAUACCGCUGCCCUCGGGUAUGAUCACGCCGCGUACGCAGCUGCAUCUGCUAGAUCCGCAUCCCUCAAAGAUCUCCUCGUCGACGCUCCGUCAGCGGGCAAAGAUUGAUUUCAUACACAAUAACAUACCGGCAAAGUAUGGAGACGGGUAUCUCUCGCGGAUGCUGGUGAUGUGUGGCGGCGAUGAGCGGGAGGUUGUCAGGAGACUUGGCACGGGGGAUAUUCCCAAUGCCAUGAAGGAUGCUGAUCCGAUGAUGCCCCUGGAUGAACACGGGCGGUUUUCGCUGGAAGAUAGCAGGCCUCGUGCGCCGUAAAAUAUGAACGCGAGUUCCACGUGCAAUCCCCCGAAACGAGUUAUUUUCAUGA